GGUUACUACUUCAGUAGAAAAGUUAUCCUCAGCUAUCUGGAGUGCGCACUGAAUACGGACAUGUCUGAUAUUGAGCAAUAUUACAUGAAAUCGCCAGGUUCCUGCUUCUGGGUGGCUGUGUUGAACGGCAACGUGGUGGGCAUCGUGGCUGCCAGGGGCAACGAGGAAGACAACACGGUGGAGCUGCGCCGCAUGUCGGUCGACUCCAAAUACCGCGGAAAAGGGAUCGCCAAAGCUCUGGGUCGGAAGGUGGUUGAGUUUGCCAUGGUCAAUAACUACUCGUCGAUUGUACUGGGAACCACGGCGGUGAAGGUGGCGGCUCACAAGUUGUACGAGUCUUUGGGAUUCAAGCAUGUGGGUGUCGCCGAAGACUACACACUGCCUGGGAUGACACAUUCUAUUCUAGAGCGAAUGUUUUUCCAGCUACGCUUCCACCGCUACUGCCUGCAGCUGCGCGAAGAAUAAGAAUAAUAAUAAUAAAACCCGCCCCACGUUUUUCGUUCCUCCCCAAAAUCUUUUCUGCCUGUGUUUUGUGGGAGUUUCGCCAUUGUUUAUUUGCAGGUUGCAAAUUUUGUUUUAUUUUUUCCCCCCGUUCCAUCAUUUCAUCCCACCCCUCUUCAUUUGCUUUGUACAGAUGUACAAACAAAGGCACCCUUCUUUUUCCCUGACAUGCUUGUAGAGUGACGGUGCUAAACGCAGGAGGUUACGGCGGACUGCUCUAAAGGCGCGUACAUUUGCUCGGCAGCCUAGGAGUUCAGGACGGACCACCCUCUCCCCUCCUGCCCUCUCUCUGCCUUGCCCAGGUUACCUACAUAAGCACAGGAACUUUAAACGCAUAACAAUAUAGCUUGUCCGGUGUGUGUCGUAAAUAGAAUAUCCGCCCCCCCCCGCCCCGCCCCCCCGAAAUAUUAACAAAAGUAUAGUAAUACUUCAUGAUACAGCUAAGUGCAGAAAUUUUACUUGAAUGCAUUUCUCAGUAUUUCAUGGACAGGUAUGCAUUCGUUUUACCAUGACAUAUUGAUUAAUAAUACUGAAAGAAAAAUGUGAAAAAAAACCCUGCUUGCUAUAAUGCAUGAAAAGGAAGUUUUUGCAUGCAUACAAACACACAGCACUGCCAAGUAGGCUCUCUGAUCUUGCACUUUUUCGAUGUACCUCAUUCUGUCAACUGUCUGAAAGAAUCUCGGUGCAUCUGAUAACUAUGACUUGUUCUUUUAGCCUCGUUUCCUUCUUAAGCCAGCAAAAAGACUUGAAGUAUUUUGAACCCUGAGCCCAGUGUAAUAUAUGUAAAUUGUUGAAAUAUCAUCUGCGCUGAUGUAUAUAUAACCUGCAGUUCUGUGCCAGACAUCUGUAUAUGCAGUAGAAAUCCUUCUGGUUUAAUUUUAUAUUAUUAUUAUUAUUUUGUCACCAUGUAUAGCUUUGUUUAUUAUUCUUUGCUUCCUUUAUUCAAGCUCUAGCUUUUGCCGAACUCGUUUCACAGAGGCAAAAUGGAGGCUUCUAUUUCUAUGGCAACACACCUGUAUGCUACUAUGUGCACCAAAAUCUAUGCUUCAGAAAAGCAAUAUGCAAAAGACAGAUAACUCUAAGUGGCAAGUUUGGCUGAAAGCAGCAGGGGAAGCAAAAAUGUUCCUUCAACCAACUGCUAGUGGCAUAAAUAUAGACAGCCUGCCGUUAAAAGUAACUGCUGCUUUUUAAAGAUGUCAGAUUUGUGAAUUGUACAGUGCAAUGCAAGCGGCAAUGCAACACAGAUUUGGCAUGUGUCUGUAGCGCCCGUCACACAAAAACAACAACCAAGGUUACGGCUUCUUCUAUAACUUACUUUAAUAAACAGCAACUUUGCAUGACGUAUAUCUCGAGGGAAAUCAGAAUGUUUUAAACUUUAAAAUGUGAUAUAUCAGAAAUGAUAAGUACAUUUCUGGUUGCACUGAGUUUGGGUGGGUCAGAAGAGUCUGCUUUUUAAAGGGAAACCCCAUUUAACGUAUUUCCUCGUUUUGUUUUUAAACCGCCUCAUAGAAAUUAGGUAAAAUGUUUGAGGGUACCGUUUCAAAGAUGUGAUAAGGGAAGAACUCAAAGGAGGAAGUGAUUCUUUCUAGAACCAGAAAUGCUCAAGGGCAAAAAUUAGGUCUCUGUCCAUUGACGCAAAGACGGGAUGUUUUCUGUGUAUGCAGAAAAAAUUGUAGGGUCAAGAUGAGGAUAACUGUUGCCCUCCAACCAACACGGAGAAGGCAGUUUCUACUUUCUCCUUAUCCAAGAGAAGGGUGUAUUUCAUGGAAGACAAAUGUCACUGAUAGGUCUCUACCAGACAACCUUUUUAUUGAUUUGUUUGCAUAACUUUGCAGGGAGGUUAGACGAUGUUGGUGAUUUCACGGAGCAUUCAUUCUCAUUUGUUUGUGGGGAAGUUGUACAAGAUUGCAUCAGGCAGUUGGCUAUUCCACACUGAAUUUCCCCAUCACUUUCCUUACUGCAAAAAGUCCAGUCUGAGGGGAGGGGAGUUUAUUGCGCAAAAUCGCCAAAUCAACUUUAAUUGCACAACCCGAAUUUGCAGGUAUAUGAUUGAAUCUCGGCCCCAAAAUAGUGACACCCUGGAAGCAUCCAUAGUCCUAUUCCUAGCACAGAGCAAGAGGAGCCAUUACAACCUCAAUGCACACGAUAAGAUCUCAGCCAAAUAAAGUGGUAAGAAUAAUUCACAAAAGCCAAAAUAUUUUUAUUUUUAACUACUUAAUGCCUUGUCAGUGUUGGUAUUCUUCCUGCCUCAGACGUUGCUAUACCUAAGAAUGGCAGCAUCCAACUAUGUCCCAGCAAUAAAAACAAAUUGAUUAGUAAUAUAGAUUAAAUUUGAUUUACAGAAUGUACUUCUUGGAACUGAGUGUGUGUGGACACGGAAUGUAUUUUUUAAAAAUUUCUAUGCUGUACAUUUCUCCUGAAGCUAAAAUGUGUAUCGUGGGAAGGUGUAGAAUAGAGGUGUAAAGUGUACAGAAAUUGGUAUAAUAUUUUCUAGCUGUUUUCAGUGAUUUCAUUAAACUGCAUAACACAGAA